GUCGUUGGCGGGAUUCCUAUCGAACCGGAUCGUGUCGUGGGUCUAGAGCGAAUCGUACAGUACGUCUGUUUCUAACCAUCCCGUUCGAAAUAACACGAGAAGCUGCGUGCGUGUCGCCUCAUAGUGCGGCUCGUUUGAUGCGUAUCCGGAAGCGAACGAAACCAUCAAUAUCAUAUCGUGCAUAUCAACGCUGCGGCUUUAACGCGUACCAUAUCGGUCAUAUCAAAGCAUCCCAAAGCCACGAGAUUGAUUAACCGGCAACCGGAAGCCGGCCCAGAGUAAGAGAGACACAGCGGUAGUCCCCCAUCUCGUUGUACUGGUUUCCUGCUGAUUGUCUCGUGGUGAUUUGUCAGCUGUUAACGUCUUCAUGCAAGAAGCCCGCCGUGACGUUGGUUUCGGAUUGCAACAUAAUAAUCGUUAAUUUCGUUACAUUAACGCACCGAGCCCGUCGGGCCACUUGAGCGUUGGUUGGUUGGUAGUGGUUUUAGUUGGUUUGUGACCAGGCCAGAGUGUGGUUUAGCAUCUCCAGUUCUGUGUGUGUAUGUUGUGGUUGAGUGCUUGAAUUGCCACCAGUGAAGUGUAGCACUUGGACGAGUGCUUGCAAGAAGAUCACCAAGAAGAAAGUGUCCAUCAGCAGCCGAGAGGAGCAUCAGCACCAGAAAUGAGUUCAAAAGCAUUACCAAAUCUAUUUAUGCUAUCAGUGGCGGUUAUUGCGCUGAUGGCGUUACUGAUCGUCGGACCACAGCCGGCCGCCGCCAACGACAGUCAGAACAUUAACCGGCUGCUUAACAAUCAGGUGAUUGUCAGCCGGCAGAUCAUGUGCGUCCUGGAGAAGAGCCCGUGUGACCAGCUCGGCCGACAGCUGAAAGGUUUGUGUACCACCGGCGGUAACGGUAGCGGUGUAAGCUCGUCAGGCUAAAGAGGCUAAUUGGUAAUUCGAAUGGACCUGCUUUGAUUUGUGCUGUGAUGUACAUUGUUGCUGACACUGGCGUUUUACUGGGUGUUGUUGGGAGGCGUCUUCUUGAGACAUGAUUUUGGAGAUUGAAUAAGUAGCGGAAAAUUUAUAAAACGAAUAAUAUGUAAAAGAGGUUUUAUGGAUAAUUUGAAGUUGUUCCUAACUGUCAGCUAGAAUAAUUCGUUGUAUAUUUUAAUGAUCUUGCUGAAAAAGGGAUCGAACAACCCAGUACACGUGUAUCAAUUAAUACGCGUAUUUGCUAAAUAAUCAUUCAAGUUUCCUUGUCAGUAGACCUACUCCAACCUAAUCCAUAAGAAAAAAAAAGUUUUCGCUUUCAGCAAAAUUCUCAAUCUGUCAACAACUUUACGCCAAACGAGUGCACGAAGCGACAAAAAAACCAGCCGCCCAGUUCCUUUUAACACCCACCCCGAAACGUGGAGGAUUUAGGCAAGACAGCCCAAAUGUCUUCGUGUCCGGUGGAACAGAAGCAAAUACUACACCAUUGAUUGUUUUUCCCUUUUGUCGCUUUUCGCAAUCCGCACCUAGAAGCAACCCGGAUGACA